AUGUUUUCAAGCACCCAAUUUGACGCGACUUCCGCCUUCUCCGGCGGCGGAUUCAUGCCGUCUCAAUCUCAGCCAGCGGAUUCCAAUCCUUCUCCAGCAAGAAGUCGUGAUUCCCAAGGGUUGGUUCCAUUGACAGUGAAGCUGAUAAGUGAAGCGUCGCAGUCGGGUGAUGACAAAUCAAAUUUUGUGGUCAACGGUUCAGAGGUCACCAAUGUUACGUUGGUUGGAAUGGUGUUCAGCAAAGAAGAAAGGGCUUCUGAUGUCACUUUCACUCUAGAUGAUGGAACUGGGCGAAUUGUAUGCAAAAGAUGGGCAAGUGAGGUUUUCGACACAAAGGAAAUGGAGGCUGUGGAAGAUGGAAUGUAUGUUCGUCUCAAUGGGCACUUAAAAAGCUUUCAAGGCAAAAAGCAGUUAGUUGCCUUCUCUGUGAGGCCUGUUACAAGCUUUGAUGAGGUUACUUUUCACUUUAUUGAUUGCAUAUAUUUCCAAUCGCAGAAAUCCAAAUCACAGCAGCAAGGUUUAUCAAUUAAUCAGCCUCAGAUGGUGGAUUCAUCACUGCACACUCCUGUCCGAACCGGGACAAAAGGCUAUCAGACAGCCCCCUCGAAUAAUCUCUCUUCGCAAUUUGGCAUUGAUGGACUCAAGGACUGUGAUCAAUUGAUUCUGGACUAUCUGCAGCAACCUUCAAGCAGUGAACGGGAACGGGGAGUGCACAUAGCUGAACUUUCCCAGCAUUUGAAAAUACCUGAGAAGAAGAUCAUGGAUUCAAUUGUAUCUCUUGAAAAUGAAGGUUUGAUCUAUUCUACUAUUGAUGAAUUUCACUACAAGUUUGCACGUGGUUAA